AUCAUUUUCCAUAAUUCCUCGUCAUUUAUUUUGUAUAUUCUAGUAAUUAAAUUUCAUCAUUAUUUUUGUGUAUAUUAAUUUCCAUUAUGACUUGUACACUGAUUUUUUUUUUGUAUCCAUAAUUAAUUAAUUAAUUGUCACUAUUUCUUCAAUUCAUUUAGUAGAGAUCGUAACUAUACGGGUUUAGAGGGGUGCUACGGCUCACCACCGUACCUUCCCAAUAAGUAACCUAACCCCGGACCCAGACUCAGUUUUUUACAGACCUGUUUUUUUUUCUUCAAGAGUCACACUUAGGGUUUUUCUUUCUUAUUUUGUUUUUUCCUUAAAAAAUAAAACAAAAAGAAGUGGCGACUCCAAGUCUUUUCAAAAAAUCAAAUUUUCGCCAAAUAAAUAAAAAAGUCAAUUUCGCCAUCGAGUGGGAACGCAUCGAGCAAAAUACAGGGUCCACAACAAUAAAGUUGUUUUAAACUCAUUUUUAUUCAUAAAUACUUAUAUUAAUGAGUUUAUUAUUUAAGUUUUAAAUUAUUUUUAAAAAUUCAUAGACUUAUUAAUUAAUUAAUACAAUGCAUUAAGUGUGUAAAAACUUAUUAGUUUUAAAAACUUGUGAAAAAACUUUUAUUUGUUUUUUAAAAGUUGUUCUCUAUUUCACUUUGUUUUUAAAAGUUAGAAAUAGAAAACAAUAAUCAAAAGGUAUUAUGAAUUUGUAAAAAUUGUUUUCUAUUUUAAAAACUAAAAAUUGUUUUCUAUUUUAAAAACUAAAAAAUUGUUUUCUAUUUUAAAAACAAAAUAUUGUUUUUAAAAAUCAUUUCCUUCAUUUUGCUUGUGUGUUCUGAUCACAUUUGUAACACAACUCUGCAUGACAUUUGUCUUUUGGCAUUCCAGACUUGUUAUCCAACCCUUUUUCACCUAUAUACGAAGAUGAAAAAUAAAUGGUCCAAUUACUAGUCAAAGAGGUCAUGAUAAUCAAAUUAAAAUUAUUUCAGGUAAUUAUUUAACAAUUGACUAGCGACAAAAAUUUGUAUUUCAAGCAAUUAUUUGACGAUACUAUUUUGCUAUUUGAAUCAAUAGAUUCAACAGCCAAGGUUCCAAUAUGUGAAAUCAUGCUCUGUCAGCGACUUAAUCAUCUUCCAGUGAACGUCCAACGGGCAAGCUUUGGGGAAAUUGCAUUUCUUCUUAUAUAUAUAGAGCUUUAGGGUAUACUACUUCAGCAACUCGCAGACAAACAUGGCUACUACCAAUGCCUCACUUCAACUUCUUUUUCUUGUCAUUAUGUCCUCGGGGUUUCUUUUCCCUGAAAUCCUUAAACCAGGCUGCUGCCAUGGUGAUCACCACAGGGCAGCCUCCUUUGAAACUGAGAGGGUAGCUCUUCUCAAGUUCAAACAAGGCCUUACAGAUCCUUCUCAUCGACUCUCAUCUUGGGUAGGGGAAGACUGCUGCAAAUGGAGAGGCGUCGUCUGCAACAACAGGAGUGGACAUGUCAUCAAACUCAAUCUGCGUAGUCUUGAUGAUGACGGAACACAUGGCAAGUUGGGCGGUGAGAUCAGUCAUUCUUUGCUUGAUUUGAAAUAUUUGAAUCACUUAGACCUCAGCAUGAAUAAUUUUGAAGGGACUCGAAUCCCCAAGUUCAUUGGUUCACUGGAAAAGUUGAGAUAUCUCAAUCUCUCCGGUGCCUCCUUCAGUGGACCGAUUCCUCCACAACUUGGAAAUCUUUCCAGGUUGAUCUACCUUGACCUCAAGGAAUACUUCGAUUUCAAUACAUACCCUGAUGAGUCAAGCCAGAAUGAUCUUCAGUGGAUAUCGGGUCUUUCUUCUUUAAGACACCUUAAUUUAGAAGGAGUCAAUCUAAGUAGAGCUUCUGCUUAUUGGCUUCAUGCUGUUAGCAAGCUUCCUCUUUCCGAGUUGCAUCUACCUAGUUGUGGACUUUCUGUCCUCCCUCGUUCUCUCCCAUCUUCCAAUCUUACAUCCCUUUCAAUGCUUGUUCUCUCCAACAAUGGUUUCAACACCACAAUACCCCACUGGAUAUUCCAGCUGAGGAAUCUUGUGUACCUUGAUCUCAGCUUUAACAAUCUUCGAGGCUCAAUUUUAGAUGCAUUUGCAAACAGGACUUCUCUUGAAAGUUUAAGAAAGAUGGGUAGCCUCUGCAACUUGAAAACACUGAUCCUUUCUGAGAACGAUUUGAAUGGGGAAAUAACUGAAAUGAUAGAUGUUGUAUCUGGGUGCAACAACUGUAGUUUAGAGAACCUGAAUCUGGGAUUGAAUGAACUGGGUGGUUUUCUUCCUUAUUCACUAGGAAACCUGUCCAACUUGCAGUCUGUUCUGCUUUGGGACAACUCGUUUGUAGGCUCAAUUCCGAAUUCAAUAGGAAACUUGUUGAAUUUGGAAGAGCUGUACCUCUCUAAUAAUCAAAUGAGUGGGACCAUUCCAGAAACACUUGGACAACUUAAUAAGUUGGUUGCGUUAGAUAUCUCUGAGAAUCCAUGGGAAGGUGUUCUAACAGAAGCCCAUUUGUCAAAUCUCACAAACUUAAAGGAGUUGUCCAUCGCUAAAUUUUCGUUACUUCCAGACCUAACAUUGGUUAUCAAUAUCAGUUCUGAGUGGAUCCCCCCUUUUAAGCUCCAAUACCUUAAGCUGAGAUCAUGCCAAGUGGGUCCUAAAUUUCCAGUUUGGCUCAGAAACCAAAAUGAGCUUAACACUCUCAUACUCAGGAAUGCUCGAAUUUCAGACACCAUACCAGAGUGGUUUUGGAAGUUAGACUUGGAAUUGGAUCAACUGGACUUGGGCUAUAAUCAAUUAAGUGGCAGAACUCCAAACUCAUUAAAGUUCACUCUUCAAUCCUCGGUUUGUUUGAUGUGGAACCAUUUCAAUGGUUCUCUGCCCCUUUGGUCAUCAAAUGUGAGUAGCCUACUUUUGGGAAAUAAUUCAUUUUCUGGACCAAUCCCUCGGGAUAUCGGGGAAAGAAUGCCCAUGCUGACAGAGUUACAUCUCUCUCAUAACUCUCUAAGUGGAACCCUUCCCGAGUCCAUUGGUGAACUGAUUGGUUUAGUGACUCUGGAUAUCUCAAACAAUAGUUUGACUGGAGAAAUCCCUGCAUUGUGGAAUGGUGUUCCCAAUUUGGUGUCGCAUGUAGACCUGUCAAACAACAACUUAUCUGGUGAGCUGCCAACUUCUGUGGGUGCUCUGUCCUACCUUAUCUUUUUAAUGCUCAGCAACAAUCAUCUUUCUGGGGAACUUCCUUCUGCCUUACAGAAUUGCACAAACAUCCGUACUCUUGAUCUGGGAGGCAACAGAUUUUCAGGAAAUAUUCCAGCAUGGAUUGGACAAACAAUGCCAAGUCUUUGGAUUCUACGACUACGAUCAAAUUUGUUUGAUGGGAGCAUUCCGUUACAACUUUGCACUCUUUCCUCUCUUCACAUAUUGGAUCUUGCACAAAAUAAUCUGUCAGGAUCUAUUCCCUCUUGCGUUGGGAAUUUAAGUGCUAUGGCGUCCGAAAUUGAAACAUUCAGAUAUGAGGCCGAGUUGACGGUGUUGACGAAAGGAAGGGAAGAUUCAUAUAGAAACAUUCUCUAUCUUGUGAAUAGCAUAGACCUGUCCAACAAUGGCCUAUCUGGAGAUGUGCCUGGAGGGCUAACAAAUCUUUCAAGAUUAGGCACCUUGAACUUGUCUAUGAACCAUUUGACAGGAAAAAUACCAGACAACAUUGGGGACUUACAAUUGUUGGAAACUCUAGACCUCUCAAGAAAUCAGCUUUCCGGUCCAAUUCCACCAGGUAUGGUUUCUUUGACUCUCAUAAAUCACUUGAACCUGUCGUAUUACAACCUGUCAGGUAGAAUUCCAUCAGGCAACCAGCUGCAAACCCUGGAUGAUCCAUCAAUAUACAGGGACAACCCUGCACUAUGUGGGCGUCCAAUAACUGCUAAGUGUCCUGGUGAUGAUAAUGGAACCCCCAAUCCUCCCAGUGGAGAUGAUGAAGAUGACAACGAAGAUGGAGCUGAGGCUGAAAUGAAGUGGUUCUACAUGAGCAUGGGAACAGGAUUUGUGGUGGGGUUUUGGGGAGUUUGUGGCACCUUAGUAAUAAAGCAGUCAUGGAGGCAUGCCUAUUUUAGGCUUGUGUAUGACAUCAAAGAGUGGCUGCUUCUAGUCAUUCAGCUGAAUGUAGGCCGUCUCCAAAGGAAACUGAAUUUGGGAAGAAGCCAGCAUCAUACUUGAACAAUCUUCUGAAAUUAAGUUCCUUGAAUAAAUGAAUGCUUCUAUGUACUCUAGCACUUGAGCAACAUUCUCAACCUUCUGAAAUUAAGUUCCUGAAAUAAAUGAAUGCUUCUAUGUAGUUUAGCACUUCA